UAAUCGUUUCGUACUAUCCGUUUGAAUGUUUGAAUUAGUUGCUGUUCUUAGUUGCUGUUCGUUUGAUGGAUUCGUGUAUUUUCCUAAAACAUUUGCUUAAUUUCUUGUGAAUUUGAAUGCAAGUAGCUAAUCUGAUCGAUUCCGUUGUUUGUUGAGCUUCUGGUAGAUCGUAGAUUUGAUUGAAUUUUGAGCUCCAUUCCGAGUAUUUUCCAGGAAAUUUUGCUUUUUCUCUGCAGUCGAUUUUUUUUUUGGCUUGCUGAGCCUAAUGUUGAGCUUCUGGUAGGUUGUAGAUUCGCUUGAAUUUUGAACUCCAUUCUGUUCAUCUUGUAGCUUGCUGUUCGAAAUUACUCCGUUAAUCUCUAAAUUCAUGUUUUCUAAUGUGCUAUUGUUCCUAUUUGCUAACCUUUUUUUUAUUCAAAUUUAGGCGAGAGUUAUGUUUUGGCUAGUUCCUUUGGUUAUCGUUUCGAUUUGACCCCUUACUUAUCAUCUGAUUAAUUGUUGCUGUUUAAGAUCAUACUUUGUUCUGUCACUGGAUUCUCCUAAUGAAAAAGGUUCACAGCAGUCAACAGUGUGUACACUAAUUUGAGGUGUAUUAUGUUUAGCUUUGCUCUGUGAUAUACUGAUCAUUACAAUGUUUCGUAGAUUGAAGCUCAUAGUUUUCUCAGGCCUCUUUAAAUUUGUAUUAUAAGAGUGUCAAUUUGGUGGAUGGAAAAUACGUAAUGUGGAAAAGGACUGAAAUCCUUCUUCCUGAUUUGGAAUACGCAGCGAGUCGUUGACAGUUAGUGUAAUUUGCAGAGAUUAUAUUAAAAUCUACAAGUCUGAGACUAUGGCAAAAUCAGAUUCAGCAGAAGAAGUUCCGGCAUUCCCUCCACCGCCAGUGGAGCAGGGAAUGCGAUAUACCGUUGAUGUGGAUAUCCCGAUGGAAAAUGAUAUAUUGUCCGUACAAUUUCUUCACCAUCUGCGUCAAGUGCUUGAACAACAAUUUGGAGAAAAUCUAGCAAUAAAUUUGAGAAACAAGCAACGAAUUCUUCAUGCGCCCCCGGGGCUUCCCAAUAAUGGCCUCCCCCCGGCGCCUCCCAAUAAUGGGCCCCCCCCAAGCCACAAUCCAGGGCAAGAUCCCCAUAACAACAACAUCAAUGAAAGCAAUUACAACAGCAAGGAGGAAAGUGCUAGACUGAAGCAGCAAGAAAGGGCUACACUGAAGAGGAAGAAGAGGAAGCAGCGUGAAGCCUACUCCAAACACCGAGCGUGGAAACAGGCCCUUUCUUUGAGAACAUGGCAGUCAAAUUACAUGCACUUGCUAUGAGUUGCAUUCUGGUAAAGAAAGUUGCAAUGAUGUCUCAUAGCCACUUUCUUGCUGCAGCUGAG